CACGCGUAAAGAGUUCGCUCUACUCGGUCGCAAAGCACCACAGCUUGUCUCGUCUCUCAGCAGCUCACUCACCCCGUCUACGGGGGUACCAUCUCCUUGUUUACUAACUACCAGGGGAUAUAAUCCUUUCUGGUGAUGUUGUGAUUUUCCUAGGUACUUUACUCGCGCUGCGCGUAGCCUCGUCAAGAUGUACAUCAAGCAAAUUAUCAUCCAAGGCUUUAAGAGCUACAAGGACCAAACGGUCAUCGAACCUUUCUCCCCAAAGCACAAUGUUAUAGUCGGCCGCAACGGUUCCGGCAAGAGUAACUUCUUCGCCGCGAUCCGUUUCGUGCUUAGCGAUGCAUACACCCAGAUGGGCAGAGAGGAGCGUCAGGCUCUUCUGCACGAGGGAUCUGGGUCUGCAGUUAUGUCAGCCUACGUCGAGGUCAUCUUCGACAACUCGGAUGAUCGAUUCCCUACGGGCAGGCCGGAACUGGUUCUACGCCGUACCAUUGGUCUGAAGAAAGAUGAAUACACGCUGGAUCGUAAGAACGCGACUAAAGCAGACGUCAUGAACCUGCUCGAAUCCGCUGGUUUCUCCAGAUCGAAUCCUUACUAUAUCGUCCCCCAGGGACGUGUUACGACCCUGACGAAUAUGAAGGACUCCGAGCGUCUUGUUCUGCUCAAGGAAGUGGCAGGAACACAGGUCUACGAAGCGCGUCGUGCGGAGUCGCUGAAAAUCAUGAACGAGACGAACAACAAGCGCGCUAAGAUCGAUGAGCUGCUAGACUACAUCAAUGAGAGACUGGGCGAGCUAGAGGAGGAGAAAGACGAGCUCCGAAAUUAUCAAGAACAGGACAGAGAGCGGAGAUGCCUGGAAUACACGAUUUAUUCUCGUGAACAGGCGGAGAUCGCUGCCGCUCUUGACAGCAUCGAAGGACAAAGGCAGACUGGCCUGGAAGACACUGAUGUUAAUCGAGAACACUUCAUCCAGGGUGAAAAGGACAUGGCACAGAUCGAUGCGGAAAUUGCGGAGUGCAAGCAACAGAUCGAGUUCUUGAAAGUCGACAAAGCUCAACUGGAAGAUGAACGUCGUGAAUCUUCCAAAGCGCUUGCCCAAGCCGAGUUGAAGGCCAAGUCCCUCGCUGAUGGCCAGUCAGCAGCACAACAGUCGAAGAUGCGCCAUGACGCCGACUUGAAGUCUGUUCAGGCGGCAAUCGAGCAACGUGAAGCCGAACUUGCUGAGCUAAACCCGCGCUUCAAUGCGGAAAAGGAGCAGGAAGAAAAGGUGAAAGCUCAGCUUGAUGAGGCCGAUACGGCUCGUCAGAGACUAUACGCCAAACAGGGCCGCAAUUCCCGUUUCAAGAACAAGGCGGAGCGUGAUAAAUGGCUUCAGAAGGAAAUCAGAGAUAACUACACAUCAAUCUCGACUGUCAAGGCUGUGCGGAUGCAAACUGGCGAAGAGAUCAAAGAGCUCGAAAAUGAUAUUGCGAUCUUGGAACCUGAAGUCGAAAGUUUACGCAAGCAGAUCGAGGGCAGGGGAGACACGAUGCAAUCCAUGGACCAGCAGGUGCAGGCGGCUAAAGACGAAAGGGAUCGACUUAUGGACCAGAGAAAGGAGCUAUGGAGAGAAGAGGCCAAACUCGACUCAAUAUUAUCAAACGCGUCACAGGAGGUCGAGCGCGCUGAGAGGAAUCUCGCUCAAAUGAUGGAUCACAAUACCAGCCGCGGAGUUGCAGCGGUACGUCGGAUCGCGCGUCAGCACAACAUCCAGGGCGUUUAUGGGACGAUGGCCGAGCUAGUCGAGGUCAACGACAGAUACAGAACCGCGGUAGAAGUUACUGCCGGCCAGAGUCUUUUCCAUUACAUUGUGGAUACCGAUGACACUGCUACCAAAGUGCUUGAGAUACUCCAAAAGGAGAAAUCAGGCAGAGUGACCUUUAUGCCCCUAAACAGACUGCGACCCCGCCCCAUUAACAUGCCGAAAGCAAGUGACACUAUCCCGAUGAUCGAAAAGCUCCAAUUUGAUCCCAAGUAUGAGAAGGCUUUUCAGCAGGUCUUUGGUAAGACUAUCAUCUGUCCAAACCUGCAGGUUGCAUCUCAAUACGCGCGUAGCCACGGUGUCAACGCGAUCACCCCGGAAGGUGACCGAUCUGACAAGAGAGGUGCUCUGACUGGUGGUUUCCAUGAUUCUCGCUCGUCUCGUCUUGAGGCCAUGAAGAAUCUAUCAAAAUGGCGAGAGGAAUACGAAGCCAAGAGAAACCGGGGGACGGAGAUCAGGAGGGAGCUUGAGAAGAUGGACCAGAUGAUUACCAGGGCCGUCGGUGAACUUCAGAAAUUGGAGCAGCGUCGACAACAGGUUCACGGUAGCAGCGGGCCUCUGCGACAGGAGCUGCGAAGCAAGCGUGACCUUCUACAGAACAAAAUCGAUAACCUCGAUGCGAAACGACGAGCUCUACGUAAUAUUGAAUCGAACCUGGCUGCUCUCAAUGAUCAGGUCAAUGCUUUGGAGGCUGAAUUGUCUUCGCCCUUCUCGAAAGCACUCACCGGGGAAGAAGAGGGCCGUCUAGAUACUCUAAACUCGAUGGUUCAAGAUCUCCGCCGCCAGUAUUCUGAGCUCUCUAGCCGACGAAGCGAGCUUGAAGCACGGAAGUCCGUGCUCGAGGUCGAGCUUCGAGAGAACCUGAACCCCCUUUUGGACCAACUCCUCAGUCAGGAUCUUGAAAUCGGAGAGGAUGCCACUGGCGGCAACCUCAAGGAGAGCCAGCGAGACGCGAAGCGACUGAGCAAAGCUUUAGAGAAGAUCACCCAACGUCUUCAGCAGGUGGAGGAGUCGGUUGAGACAGCUAACGCGCAGGUCAGCCAAUUAGAACAGCGCAAAGCCGAAAUCAGAAGAGAGCUCGAGGAGCUGGCCAGAUCCAUCGAGAAACACCAGAGAAGAAUGGAGAAGAGCAUGCAGAAGAAGGCCGCCUUGACAAAACAGGCAGCUGAAUGCAGUGCCAACAUCCGAGACUUGGGAGUCUUGCCAGAUGAAGCUUUCACAAAGUACAAGAACACCGAUUCCAACGCGGUCGUCAAGAAGCUGCACAAGGUCAACGAGGCGUUGAAGAAGUACUCACACGUCAACAAGAAGGCAUUCGAGCAGUACAACAAUUUCACCAAGCAACGGGAGACUCUCACGAAGCGUCGUGAGGAGCUCGACGCUUCUCAAAGGUCCAUCGAUGAGCUGAUUUCUGUGCUCGACCAGAGGAAGGACGAGGCCAUAGAGCGAACGUUCAAGCAGGUGUCACGAGAGUUUGCGCUGGUCUUUGAGAAAUUGGUACCCGCCGGCCGUGGUCGCUUGAUCAUUCAGCGCAAGACAGAUCGGCCUUUGCAACAGGAUGAUGUCGACUCUGAUGAUGAAGAACACCAUGAGAGUGUCGAGAACUACGUUGGUGUUAGUAUCAGCGUCAGCUUUAACAGCAAGCACGACGAACAACAGCGUAUCCAGCAGCUCAGCGGUGGACAGAAGAGUUUGUGUGCUCUGGCACUGGUUUUUGCUAUCCAGGCCUGUGAUCCUGCUCCAUUCUAUCUGUUCGAUGAGAUUGACGCCAACCUGGACGCUCAGUAUCGUACGGCAGUCGCACAGAUGCUCAAGUCUAUCUCGGACUCCACUAACGGACAAUUUAUCUGCACGACUUUCCGACCGGAGAUGUUGCUGGUUGCGGAGAAGUGCUACGGUGUCAGUUUCCGGAACAAAGCCAGUACGAUCGACGUGGUGUCGACGGAAGAGGCUCUGAAGUUUGUGGAGGAACAGAAGACAUGAUACGGGAGUUUCGCACAUGUACAACGCCUGUGGGGACUCUAUGCUUCUUGUUUUGUACGGGAUACCAUCUGUUCGAAGUUCUGCUUGCUGUUGCUAUUUGAUGGCUGCUUGGCUGGCUUGAGGUUAUCUACGGUGUUCCCUGGGGAUUAGUUGUUUUUAAUGAUCGCUACGGAAUGCUAGUUAUUUGCGGUUGAUGGGGACCUGUGUAUAUGCUUUGAAAAUUCAUAUGCCAUUAAUUGCAACUGAAAGUUGGGUAGUCAUCCAGAAGUACUUAACUAAGCAAUCUAUGG